GCUGAAGACGUGACUGCCGCACAACACACGCUGAAACGUUCGAUAGCGCCUGAAGGCAAUACACCUGGAAAACCAGAGCCAAAAUUGCGGUCAACGUCGACGAAUAGAGCGAAGAAAACUCUAUUCGGUAAUGUUAAAGCUAGUACGGAGUCGGGUAGCAGAUCGAGUUGGUCAAAUGAUGAAGUAAAAGCUCUCGUCCAGUAUAUUUGUCUUUACUGGCCACAAGCAUGGACUAACAAAUGGCCAGUUACCAAAAACCAGAAUUUUUGGGAAAAUUGCGCGCAAGCCAUCAACGUUAGUUGCAAAUCUAACCGAACAGGUACAUGUAUUUGCACAAUUGUUUGUGUUGCUUGAUAAAUAUUCGUAGGACUUGUAUAUUUCUCGCGAAUGUUUAUAGGGCCAUUCCCAAGAAAUACACACAUCCCCAUGUACGAGGUAUUUAUUUUUCAAAUCCGUCGGAAUAUUUUAGCUUUAUGGUAUACCCCUGGAAAUUUCGUAAAUUCUACAACCCCUCGGAAAAUGUCGUCCAUAGGGGUGUGUGUAUGUUAAAUGGAAUGGCCCAUAAUUGUUUUUAUAUUUUGACUCCUCAAUCGAUCGAUUAUUUUGUUAAUUUAUAAUAUUAACAUCAUUAAUGUGUAAUGUUCUAAUAAAGGCUUUAUAUCCUUUCAGGUGUGUCUUGUAGAUCCAAAGUUACAAAGCACCUAUGCAAGCAGUAUGAAACCCUCUCUCAGGCUGAGGAUGAUUUAGAGAUUGACUAUGUGUUCACUGAUGACAUUCUAAGAGACAGUAAGGAAAGCACACCAAUUUCAAAAUCUCAAACAAUUUCCCACUUGGAGUCUCUCUCGCCCAUUUUCCAAUGUUCUCCAGUUGGGCAAACGUCAAGUAAUAUUGGGGACUCCGUGCAAAAUCUAUUGAAGUCAUUCAAGUGUUCAAUGUCAGCAAGACUGAAGAAGCAACUCAUAAAUUAUCUUUUCAAACUUUAUAUCGUUGAUAUUUGGGGGAAUGAAUUUUGCUCAUUUGUAGAACAUGACUUUCUAGAAAUUAGUUUGAAUGCAAUGAACACUUUAAAAAGAGCAAAUAAAUUUAAUUUAGUGUUAUUACUGUCCAAAUGUUUCUUUACAAGCAACCAGGAUUCUCGACCCCGAAUGCCAUUAGAUAGGAUGCCAUUUGGGCUUAUCGAUCACAACAUCCGUUUCUUUGCAUGCAAUGCUAUUCAGAGUGUACAUGCCGAAAAACAUUACACAAGUUGGAUUGAAACCAUGUUUUCCCAUUUCGGUCAUAAAUGGUUAAGUUUGUUCAGAGGUCCAGCCUGGCAAUAUGAAACCCAGCCUGGAAUGGAGUCAUCAGGUGAACCUAUCCCUUUACUUGAUACAAGCAAGGUAUCAAGUAAUUCCCCUUGCGGCACCCUUCAACCAGUAAUGCUUCAGUUUUGGAACCCGCAGCACAGACCUGUGAAUCUUCUCCUGUUUCUGAUGAAACCAGCAUGUCAAGUCCCUCAAUUAUGCCAGUUGAAACCCCUUCAACCACCAGCAUAAUUGAACAUGCUAUACUUGAUAGUGGCAUCCAAGCUGAUAUUACAGAUGAGAUGCAUUUGUAUUUAUGCAAUUCAAAUGGAAACGAACAGUCAAAUAGUGAAGGAGCAAACUUGAUUCAAAUGGCGUUGGAAAGUAGUGGUAUAAACUUGCUUCAUUUACCAGUUGCUUGUAAAUCAAAACGCAGAAGUAGCGUAUCUCACUUGUGGACACAAUUGACACUCAGUGAAACUGAAGAAAUCAUGGAUGGUAAUGUAUCACCAAGGCAGAUGGAACACCAUCACCAUAUUGCACCAAACGCUUGUACUCGUCGAAGUUGUAAUAGUGGAUUAUAUGAUCCAAUGAAGGUAUAUGUCAAAAAAUCAGAAUAUGUGUAUAAAAACAAUGAGUUUUGUUUUUCCAUAAAGGUUGAAAGAAAUUAAAAUCUUGAUAAAAUCCACAAAAAUUUUAUCUGCAAAUUUCGUAUUAAACUGACAAUAUUUUGUGCACUUAAAAUGGAUAAGUUUCGCUACCAAUCCCUGUUGGCUGAAAAGCUCAACGAGUAGAGUGGCGGUCUGGAAACCUGAAGAUGAAUGUUUGAUUCUCGCUCGAGUCAAUGAAUUUUUGUUGUCUCAUAGUAUUGUCAGUUUAACCCAUUAAGCUGCAGAGCUUCCGCAUUGACGAGUAAAAUCGUCUGGCGUUAGACAAGUAAAAAGAAUAAGUAGGGCUCACUGGGGCGCAUUGCGGCUCAAUGGGUUAAUAUGAAAUAGGAGUAACUUGUAUUCGGUAGUUAAAAUUGUAUAUACAUGGUAUCGUAUUACGGUUAAUACCAAGAUACGUGUACUGUACAUAAUACAUGUACAUAAGACUUUGACAGUAUACAGUGUGUUUCAUUAGAUUACAUGAACGUUUAUUUCAUAGAGUAAAACAAAUGUUGCGUGUUUGGGAGUAAGGCAAAUUCAGAAGAAUAUUGUCUCAUCAGGAUUCACCAGGAAUGCAAAAAUACAAGUAAGUUGGAGAACAUUGUCGUAGUAAAUGAGUACAUGUAAAAUGAAUAAAGUGGGGAAAGGAACAGGAUGUAAUGAUAUGAUAGUGUCAUAUUAUACGUACAGUAUAAUUAUAUGGUAUUCUGAAGCGCUUUACAUCAAUUACCUAACAAGGUAGUCCUACAUUUACGGUGCCUCUUGGACCUAUAUCUACAUUCCUUGUUUACUGAGACCCAGGUGAUGGUUUUACUGAGGGAGGAAAACCUGAGUACCCAGGAAAAACCAUAGAAGUACAGGAGACACCAACUGAACUCCAAUGGUCAAUUAUGCUUCUAGAUGGGGUCUUUUGAAGUGGUCAGCUACUGUGGUACUAGCCUUGCUGGCAGUAUUAUAAACAGACUUUUUUCAUUACAAUAUAAUUUUUCAAAUUAAUUAAUUACAGGUUGAAGCUUUAAAAAAUGCCCAAAAAAGUUGUCCAGAUGGAAGGUGGUGGGUGAAGGCUGAUGCCUGUGACAUAAGAAAAGGUCUCCGGGAAAGUGUGGCUGGAAAGUGGGCUGGUGAUGAAGACUUAGGUGAUAAAACCUUGGAAGAACUCUUUGCUGAAUACAGAAAGAGGUGUGCAUUCGUCAAGAAUCUAGAGAUUAGGAAUAGGGAUAAGAUGAAAGAAGAUUGUGAGAUUCUACUGUCAUCUGUAAACAAGGAUGGUGAGUUUCUGGCUAGUGGUGAGAAAGAGGCAAGAAUUGCAUAUGAGAAGGCACUGGAAAGAACCAAUUUGUCAGAAAAUUCCAUGAUGGAGCUAUCGUGGCAACACAUUGGCUUUGUAGAACUGCAGAAAACACUGGAGAAAGUUCAGGCGACGUUGUCAUUCAUCUCAACAUCCAUAAUCCUUGGUGAUGACGCAACAGUAAAGAAAAUCUUACCGGAUUUCAAGAGGGAACUUUGCAUCUUUCUCAAAGGUUUAUAUAGCAAGAGGCGAACUGCUGCAAGUCAUCUGAUGGCGUUUAUGAUCUCGGAUGAAAGACGAAAUUCUAAACCAUACGCAAUACCAGUGAGAUUCUUACCUUACCAAAGCAUAGGUGAUGGGAAACUGAGAGAGCUGGAAGAAGAGUUGGAAAAUGAAAUGAAAUCUAUUGACAUGGUUACUGUUGGUAUGUACAAAAGAAUCUAGUUAAACUCAGUUGAUUGGUCAGUCUUGGUUAGUGUAGUGAUGUAUUUGCUAAAAAAAUUCAAGCACACUCACAAUUUAUAAUCACAGAUUGUGUUUGUCUCAGAACUUGACGGUUAAUUCAGCAACCAUCAAGUCUGAUUUAAUCGAAAAUUUGAUGUGUCAAUUUUAUAUUGCAUAUUAACAGGUUUCACUACGGAUGGAGAGUUCAACUCUCUGAGAACAACAGGGAAAAAACGCCCAAUCUCUAUUGUUGAGUUGAUUAAAAACGCUCGAAACUCUGCAAAGAGUAUAAAAGCUGCUGAUGUCAACAAGUAUUUUAAACUUAAUGAUCAAGGUAUGUUCUUUUUAAUGCAGUGACAGCACUCAUUUAUCAGCCAAUUUCUUAUCCAGGACCAAUGGAAAAGACCUUACUGUUUAUUGCAUUUUCACAAAUGGCCUCAUUUCUGUUUUAGAAUGGCAGGCGCAUGCAUGUUCAGGUUAUACCCUAUAUAUAAGCAUAUGCUUUUUGCAUGAAUAUAAACCUAAAUUUACAGGUCAAUCCUUACCCUUCUGUACACAAUACUGUAUAUAACCAACAUGAAAACAAGGCCAUUAGGUAAAAAGCAACUAAUAAACGAUAAAGUAUUGUAUAUUGUACUCAAUCAUCUCUUUAUUCUAUAUGUUCCCUUAUUUAAUCAGUGCUCUUAUUUUUUGUUUAAGGGGUUCCAAUAGAACAGCAUCCAGCAAUACCAACAGAGGAUGUUAAAUGGUUGUACAACUUCAUUAAACAUGGGAGAGAUGACCAAAUACCUUUGCACAAUGCUCUAUUGAUAAUGCGCAGAACCCUCUUUCCACUCCAUCACAAUCCCCACCCAUGGAUUAAAGGCAAGUUCAUGUAACAUGGCACAAUAAUGAAAAUAGAAAACUUUUCAUACAUGUGCAGACGUUUGUCUUCUAACAGACAAGUACAUGGUAGUGAGGCUACUGAGGGAAAUCUUAUUCAUUUGCUCCUCUGCCUCAAUUUCAUGUAGUUGUGAUGCAAUUACUGAGGUCUACUGCGUAUUGUAUUUUUUUUUUCAUUUUAUCUGUUUGACAGGAAGAAAAGAAACAACAACGGAGAUAAUGAAGUCCAUUAUGGCCAUAUAUUUGUUCCGGUUUUAAAUAGGACGCCUAGCAAAUCUUGCAAAUGAUCCAGCUAACUUCAGUAAAUUUCUCUAUCAGCCUGAGAUUGAUCACGAAACUGGCGAACGUGUCCACCAAAGAGAGGACCACAACCAUCUACUCAAAAGAAUAGUUGCUAGCCUCCAAGAGGGAAACAUACCAGGAAUAGAUCUAAGAUUCAUGCGAGACGCGCUACAUGAUACAUCAACUGGCUUAACAUAUGAAGCACUUACUGGAAAAAACAAGCAGUCGGUGCCAGACUGUGAGAGGAUCAUCUCCGUGGGAGUAAUCUCUUUUAUGGAAAAGAAUGGGCACUUAAGUGAUAGUAGGGUACUGACUGUACUACGGAAUUGGCAUCGCGCGGUGGAUGGAAGAGGUUUAUCUGAUGAGACACGUUUAUCCUAUCUUCAAGACAUUAAGAACUGGUUGCUAGAUGAUUGGAUGCCAUGGCACAUGACCAUCCAAGAUUACUCUACAAUAGACGUGAACAGGUUAGUUGAGACUGGUUUUAGUGGUUUAUCGUGAUGUUACAUAUUCAGAUUUUUAACAAAGAUUACUAAUGAACCAUAAGUUACAUUACAUAUACUGUACCUGGCAAUUUAGCAGUCUGUGUAUCUUUGUUAAAUAUUUUUAUGUGUAACAUCACAUACAAUUAAGCUUUGAACACGAGGUUUUCAUCCUGUUGUACAACUUUACUUUAGAACAGAAUAAGAACUACUGUACCAACACGAAAAACAUCUAGAUUUUAGUACUAAUUACUUUUAUCGUAUUUAAUGUUAGUGUAGACCUAUCAAGGGAAUUUGUGGACUAUCGCGAGAAACUGUUGUUGGCUUGGUGGCCAAUGUUGAGAGCCGUAUUAUCCGCCAGAAAGAAUAUUUAGAAAGAGGACUUCCUCCCGAGCAUCCACGGUCAUCUUCAACUGAUGAUGUAGAAGGAUUAAUGUCUCUCCUUCAUGAAGUGUUUGGUCCUGUUUUCGACAUGAAGCAGUUCUAUGACGAGUGUCCUAAGAUACUCAACAAAUUCAAGAAACGCAUUGACCCAGAUUUUCCCUUCUUCUACUACACGGGAGCAAAACAAAGGUACACUGAUUUCCAACUUCCUUCAUUUAAUGAACCAUCAGGGCCUGGAGUUGUGGAAAGACUUACAAUAUUAAGAUCUCAAGGAGGGGAGACCCUGGUAUUUUCGUUUCUAACAGGGCUUCAUUACCACAGAAAGGCCAACUGACAGUUCGUGCACAAUUUCACAAGGCACCAAUUGCAUUACCCCCACCAGUUCAGAAAUGA